AUGUCGUCAUUUCCCUCAGCUUCCCCGGAGGCGUUGAACCGAUCCUCCCCCAGCGAGAACUCUCCGAAGAGUGUACAACCUACUGUCCCCGCUACCGCCCCGCGUCCUCCGCCCAGCGACUCCGCUACUGCGCGGAGCUGUGUAACCUGUCGCCGUCGCAAAGUCCGCUGUAACAAGCGUUCGCCUUGCUCCAAUUGUAUCAAGGCUGGCACCGAGUGUGUCUUCCCACCGCCUGGCCGUGCCCCACGAAAAUCAAGGCGCCAACCCGAUGUUGAUCUCCAAGCCCGGUUGCGCCGUCUGGAGGGCUUUAUCGCGCAGUUGAGUGAGAAAGGUGCGGAUGUCAACGUCUCACCUUCCCAGAUAGCUGCCUCCUUCUCGUCUGCCACGACGGCCAGCACUACCUCACCUGGUGCGAAGGAUUCUACGUCUACAAACAUCAAUGGUCAGGAUGCAUUGUGUCCAUUUGAGGAUAAUGAUCCCAAGAAGCUUGUGCCACGCAAGUUCGAGAAUGAGUUUGGAAGACUGGUCAUCGAUGAAGGCCGUAGUCGAUAUGUGAGCAACCGGCUAUGGGCCAGUCUCGGGGAUGAGGUACAAGAACUUCAAGAUAUUUUGGAUCACACUUCGUCUGACGAAGAGGAGGACCUGUCUCCUGAAUCCACCCCCUCAAGCACACAUGAGGGCUUCCUUUUCGGUUACCAUUCCUUGGCACAUUCGUUGCUCGAGUACCAUCCACCGUAUCAGAAAGUCUCCCAAUUUUGGGAAGUUUAUAAAGAGAACGUCGCUCCUUUAAUUACGAUUCUACACAAGCCCACCGUGAGAAACCUCCUGGUUGAGGCGGCCCAGCACCCAGAGUCCUUGGACAAGAAUUCAGAAGCUUUAGUCUUCACCAUCUACUUGUCUGCUGUGGUCAGUUUAAAGCCCGAUGAAUGUUAUGCAAUGUUUGGAGAGGAUCGAAAGAUGGCAGUGCGUCGUUAUCGAUUCGCUGUGGAACAGGCCCUGUCAAGAGCCGGCUUUCUUAAUACUCAAAGCUUGGUGCUUUUACAGGCUGCUGUCCUUUUCAUAGUCUGUGUCCGUCGGGAAGAUGAUUCCAAAUUUGUUUGGUCUUUGGAUGCCCUCGUUCUGCGUCUUGCUCAGGGGCUAGGUAUUCACCGUGACGGAACCCAGUUUGCGCUGAAGCCAUUUGAAACAGAGAUGCGCCGUCGGCUUUGGUGGCACAUCUGUCUCAUGGAUAUGAGGUCAUCCGAGGAUCAUGGAACCGAUCCACUCAUUCAUGAGAGCAUGUAUGAUACUCGGUUGCCUUUGAAUGUCAAUGAUGAUGACAUCUGGCCUGAAAUGACCGAAGCCCCAGCAGAGCGAGUUGGAUGCACCGAAAUGACCUUUUGUCUUGUUCGUUGUGAGAUCACGAAUGCGUUACGGCGAGCGAACUAUACCUGCCCUGGUAGCCGGUUUCGGAUUGGAGAUUCAUCUCCAUCUAUUGAGCGCUAUGAGCGACUAAUUAGGAUCAUCAACGAUCGUGUUGAGGAGCGCUACAUUAAACACUGCAACGUGGAGGUUCCUAUACAAUGGGUCGCUGCUACAGUAGGGAGACUGGUCCUUGCCAAAAUGUGGUUGAUUGUUCAUCAUCCCAUGACACGAAGAGACCGCAGCGUCCCAGUGUCUCCAGAAGUUCGUGAGGGUCUAUUCACGACUGCCAUUGAACUUCUUGAGUUUGGUCGAGUGCUCGAACAGGAUCCCAAAACAUGCAAAUGGGGAUGGCUGUUUCGAACCAACAUGCAGUGGCAUGGUGUUGCAUUCGUGUUGUCCGAAAUAUGUGUGCGGCCAAUCUGCCCUGUCACAGAUCGGGCCUGGAACGCUGUUCACUCAUUAUACUCCGAUUGGAUGAAUGAGGCAACCCAUAGAAAGGGUAUGCUUUGGCGCCCAUUAGAGGCUUUGAUGAAACGGGCUACCGCUACUCGGGCCAAGCAAAAAGAGGAGCUGAAUCAGAAGUAUGGAGAAAACAAUCCACCCUCGUUUAAUGCUUCUGCGCCGAAUUUUACACCUGAUCACCGCCACCCUCUUCAUCAAACCCACCUUCCUUUGGAUUCUCAGUCUAUCCCGUCAUCGCAGCCAAAUAACAUUCCAAUCGCUAAUGGACCUGAAAAUAUCGAUUUGACUGGGGGGGCCUUGGGAUACAUUACGCAGUAUCUUCCCUGA